AUGGUUGUCCCGGCUGUCCCCUGGGAGGCGGGAGCAGCUGGCUGGGCCACCAGGUACGCAAAGUUAGGCUGCUGCCCCGGAGCGACUCCAGCGGGGGAGAGCACCCAGCCCAGCUCUCCGGAUCUGCGGUCCUCGGAGACCAAGCGACAAAGUCGCAAGCUCACCUUAGAUCUCCAGCCAGUGGUGCGGCGGGGCCGGAGUGCCCCGUCCCUGGGGACCUGGUCCACGCGCGUGCGUCCCCAGAGCCGUGGAGAGUCCGGACUAGCGAGUGUCAGCCGCACAGCCGAUUCCCAGGAGCGAGCAGGAGCCUGGCAAGUGCCCGGGAGCACAGCGGGGCGCGCAGCCGCCGUCCACCGCUCCUGCUCGCUGUCCCCGCCACCCGCCCGCGCUCCGGGCGCAGCCCGCGCGUCCCUCGCCCCUGCAGUGCGCGCUGCCCGGAGCCGAGCGGAGCGGGGCGGCGCGGGCCCCCGCCCUGGGCCGGGCUUUCCCAGAACUCGCCCGCGGGGUGAGAGGCCGCGAGCGCCACCGCGGGCCGCCGGGCGACCAGGGGAGCGGCUAGUGCCUGGCCCGCCCCCGACUCGGCUGGAUGGGGCCCGCCCCCACCACCCUGCCACCCCAUCCUAG